CUCAGCCGCAGCUCGCCACCUGCAAGACCGCAACUACCGCUCGCCGGCUCGCCGGCAGGCUAGCCAGCACCGCACCACCGCCACCGCUACGACCGCACCACCUGCCCCCGCCGCCGCUCCGUAUCAGGCCCUUCACUGCCAUCUGUCGCACCUCCUCCCUCCUCGCCGGUAUGGCCUGCUCCCACCUUGCCGCCGCCGCCUCCUCACCGGCAGCCGCUGCGUUGCGUUCUGGGGCGACAUCGACAACCGCCGGUUUCGCGCGCCUUCCCGCAACUCACCGUACUGAGAAAGGCUUGUUGGCCCUCAGUGGUAGGAGGGCCGUGAAGCUGGUGGUCGUUGCCACCGGGUCGGCCGUGCCGGCGCCGGCGUCCGUCCCGUCAACGGUGAAGAAGCCCAUCAUCGUUAUCGACAACUACGAUAGCUUUACCUACAACCUGUGUCAGUAUAUGGGGGAGCUUGGAUUAAAUUUUGAGGUGUACCGCAAUGAUGAACUUACCAUAGAGGAUGUAAAGAGGAUGAAUCCACGAGGAAUACUUAUUUCUCCAGGGCCUGGUGAACCACAAGAUUCAGGUAUAUCAUUGCAGGCUGUUCUGGAACUCGGGCCAACCAUCCCAAUAUUCGGAGUUUGCAUGGGUCUGCAGUGCAUUGGAGAGGCUUUUGGAGGGAAGAUUAUUCGCGUUCCUUCUGGUGUGAUGCAUGGAAAAAGCUCCCCUGUUCACUAUGACGAAGUUUUAGGAAAGGGUAUAUUCGAGGGCUUGUCAAACCCUUUUGCCGCUGCAAGAUAUCAUAGCUUGGUCAUUGAGCAGGAAAGCUUCCCACACGAGGAACUGGAAAUCACGGCAUGGACUGAAGAUGGACUUAUCAUGGCUGCUCGGCACAAGAAGCACAAGCAUAUCCAGGGGGUUCAGUUCCACCCAGAGAGUAUCAUCACCCCUGAAGGCAAGAGAAUCAUCCUCAACUUUGCGAGAUACGUCGAGGAGUUCGAGAAGCAGACCUCAGAGGGGAACUAGAGGAUUCAGGGAAGCAGGGCACUUAGGGGAGCUAGAUAGGGGCUAUCGUCGGGAAGGGUAAAGGAAUAAGAGAAAAGAGCAUUCCGUUGCCAUUCAUUUGGUUCACUGAAUCAUUGUAAUAUAUCAUUGUCGAUCGAGAGGCCUUCGAAACUCGAUCAACUUUGUGCAUCGUGGUGGCUCUUUGUCCGCGAUAAAUCAGUGGAAGCUGAGAGGCUAUUUAACAUCUUGAAUGGUUCCGGGUGGGCCAAGCUUUGCUGUGCUCCA